AUGUUCCGCUCUUUCUCGCUCGCUGUUCUCGCGGCCGCCCUUGUUGCGCCCACCGCCGUCUCUGCCCACGGCUACGUCCAGAGCGUCGUCGUUGGCGGAAAGACCUACUCCGGCUGGUUGCCGUUCACCGACCCCUACGAGUCUCCCGUUCCCAGCCGCAUCGUCAGGAAGCUUCCUGAUGAUGGCCCCGUCAUGGAUGUGACCCUCGCCGACAUCGCCUGCAACCAGGGCGGCGAGAAGGGUGCCGGUGCAAUCGCCACCGCCGCUGCCGGAAGCAAGGUCACUUUCAAGUGGACCAACUGGCCUGCCGAUCAUCUUGGCCCGGUCUCCACGUACAUGACUUCCUGCAACGGCGACUGCAAGUCGUUCGAUGCCUCCAGCGCCAAGUGGUUCAAGGUCGACGCUGCUGGUUACUCGAACGGCCAGUGGGCUUCUUCCAAGCUCAUUGCCGACGGCAACUCUUGGACUUCAACUAUCCCUAGCGAACUCAAGCCCGGACAAUACUUGAUGCGUAACGAGAUUGUCGCUCUCCACUCCGUCGGCGAGCCCCAGUACUACCCCAGUUGCUCUCAGGUCGAGGUGACUGGCAGCGGUACUCAGUACCCAUCGGGCUCGUCCUUGGUCGCGAUCCCCGGUCUCUACGAGAACACUCAGUGGCCCGACAUCUGGGAUAACAACUUCAAGAGUUUCACUACCCCUGGCCCUGCCGUUGCGUUCUCCGGAUCGUCUGACAGUGGUUCCAGUGACGAUACCUCUUCGUCUGCUGCCUCUUCCACGAAGGCUGCCUCCUCCACGAAGGCCGCUUCCUCCACGAAGGUUACCACGACUGCUGCCUCCUCGGCAGCUAACGACCAAUCCACCUCCACCGCGACUUCGUCGUCGCCCGCUUCCUCCUCCACCAACCGGUGCAACUCGCGCCGUCGCCGUGGCAUGGUCAAGCGCCAUGUCGCCCGCCUCGCCAAGAGCCACUGA